AUGCACAGCACACUCAGAAGAAGAAGUGACUCUAACCUGCUGCAGAAGAUGAAUAUGAUCUACAGAAUUGGGUUUUUCCUGGCCGUGGUCCUCCUGGCUGCGUGGGCCUGCGUGGCAGAUGUGGCUCGUGCUGAAGAAAGGAUGAAAAGCUCUGUGUUAGCCUCUAGGACAGCAUCACUUCGCUCCAAGCGACUGGUUGGGGGCACCCUGGCUCCUCAUGUGCCCUGGCAGGCCAUGGUCUACAUUGCUGAGAACAUACUGGAUGGAGGGUAUGCAGGCGGUGCACUCAUCUCUGACCGCUGGGUGUUGACGGCUGGAAGAAAUCUUUUUGUUAGGAAGAAUCGGGAAGACAUUCAGGGACAAGAGCCCGUCAUCCCUAAAGUGUACCUGGGAAUUAUAAAAAAGGCUGAUGCUACUCCUUCCAAUGAGGUUGCUGUUAAGAAGGUUGUUCUCCAUCCAGGCUUUCAGAACCAGUCUGACUGGGACAACGACCUGGCUCUGAUCCAGCUGAAAGAGCCCGUAGUUGUGAACGAUAAAGUGACCCCCAUCCCAUUGCCCGAGAGAGGCCAGGACCUUGCCAAUGCUGUGCGUGGGUUAGGAAUUAUCUCUGGAUGGGGCUGGGGGCCCCUUCUCACCCCUGCUCCAUUUCUCAAACAUAUCGUAGUCCCCCUGGCCAAUCCCUCUGAGUGUAAGGCAGAAUAUGAAAGUCUUGCACUCACGCCAACUGUAGAUGAGAACAUGAUUUGCACCACAGCCACAAAAUUUGAGGAGAAUGUCUGUUUCGGGGAUGCAGGCGGUGCUCUGGCUGUCACAGAUUCUGAAACUAGGCAUGUAUACGCUGCAGGGAUCCUUUCCUAUGAUAAAUCCUGCACCAGGUACAAGCACGCAGUCUAUAUGAAGAUUUCCUCGUAUUUGCCCUGGAUCCACAGCGUUAUGAGAGGAGAUACAGACACAUCAGCUGCUGUGCGCUUUAAAGCAAUGUCCACGAUGUACAGCUGGCAGCAGUAAUAUGGCAGCCCUCUAAGUACUAAAGAGGUGGAUAACCAGUAAAAAAAUUAAAAGCUCCUUGUAAUGUAACACCUGUUGUUUUGUGCCAUUUAAAUUUGUGAAUGUGGAAAGGAAAAAAUACUGAAUAAAUUUUAUUUUCAAAAA